GAUAUUUAGCCCUUUUUACCGGGGGAUCCCCCUCGAAACGAGAUCGGGCUAGUUUUGAGUAGCAAAUGGGCGGGUUUUGUUGUGAAAACCUGGCAACCCUGCUCUUUACCCACAGUUCUGUGCGCCGGAGGCGCUGCGUGCGUGAGGAAGAUGGCGGACUCCUCGGUCGAAAUCAUUGAAGGCUGCCGGCUUCCCGUGCUGCGGAAAAACCAGGAGAAUGAAGACGAGUGGCCGUUGGCUGAGAUCCUCAGUGUGAAAGACCCCCCUGGGCGGAAGCUUUAUUAUGUGCACUAUAUAGACUUCAAUAAGCGACUGGACGAGUGGGUGACUCCUGACCGCCUGGACUUGAAGAAGCUCCAGUUUCCCAAGAAGGAGGCAAAGACCCCAACGAAGAACGGCCUGUCAUCCGUCCCCGGGUCCCCAGAGAGAGAUGUGAGGAAGAGUCUAGACCUGUGCGUUCCGGCUGCUUCAGCUCCUUCGAGAGGCAAGACCCUGCCCACACCGAAGAGGAAAGCAGAGUCUGUGUGUUUGGCCACACAAGUGAGCGCAGCAGUGACUCCAGGGCCUUCUGCAGAGGAGAGCCAGGCCUCGGUGUAUCCAGCCCUGAGAGACUCGUCCUUCAGCAUCCAGCCGCUCGCCGCUCUCAGCACAAAUGGCACCACACGUCGACUUAUUCCUCUGCCGCCGGGAAGAAAAAGGAAAACUUGUGGCGGGACGGACGAGAUGGUAAAGGUGUUCCAGAAUAACGACCCUCGCUGCUCCACCAUCUAUAUGCCGCCAGGAGAGGAUUCCCAGGACAGCUCCGAUGGCAUCCCGUCAGCCCCUCGCAUGACCGGCAGUCUGGUGUCGGACCGCAGUCACGAUGACAUCGUCACACGCAUGAAGAACAUCGAGUGCAUCGAGCUGGGCCGGCACAGGCUGAAGCCAUGGUACUUCUCUCCGUACCCGCAGGAGCUCACCGGACUCCCCAUCCUCUACCUGUGCGAAUACUGCCUCAAGUACCUCAAGAGCCUCAAGUGUCUGCAGAGGCACCUGACGAAAUGCAACCUCCGACACCCGCCAGGAAACGAGAUCUAUCGUAAAGGAACUAUAUCCUUUUUUGAGAUUGAUGGCAGGAAAAACAAGUCAUAUUCCCAAAACUUGUGUUUAUUGGCCAAAUGCUUCCUGGACCACAAGACCCUGUACUAUGACACGGAUCCUUUCCUCUUCUAUGUUAUGACCGAGUAUGACUCGAAGGGUUUCCACAUAGUCGGCUACUUCUCCAAGGAAAAGGAAUCAACAGAAGACUAUAAUGUGGCCUGCAUUUUGACUUUGCCGCCUUACCAGAGAAGAGGCUACGGCAAACUACUGAUUGAGUUUAGUUAUGAGCUCUCGAAAGUGGAAGGGAAGACAGGCACUCCAGAGAAGCCUCUGUCUGAUCUGGGUCUGCUCUCCUACCGCUCUUACUGGACGCAGACGAUCCUGGAGAUCCUCAUGAACCUCGAGCCAGAGGAUGGAGAACGGCCACAGAUCACCAUCAAUGAAAUCAGUGAGAUCACCAGUGUCAAGAAAGAAGAUGUGAUAUCAACUCUUCAGUACCUCAACCUCAUCAAUUAUUAUAAGGGUCAGUAUAUCCUCACAUUAUCAGAGGACAUCGUGGAGGGGCAUGAGCGGGCCAUGCAGAAGCGGCACCUCCGUAUCGACUCCAAAUGCUUGCAUUUCACUCCUAAAGACUGGAGCAAGAGGGGCAAGUGGUGACGACCGGCCACUCGCAGACAGACGCGACCUGUGGAGGAGGACAAACACAGCUCAGUGACUCCAGUCUUACAAAAUCCAUCUGUCAAACUCGUGUCCGUCUGUUGCUCGUCUGUAGAACGGAGGAAUGUCUUUUAAAUGGAAGCGUCUCUCCCACCAUUUCUCUAUUGCCUCCUAAAUAUCAGUGUUCAUGGUUAAUGCCAUGUUUUAUCUCUGAAGUGACGUGGUCCUGUCCGUUUUCAGGGCAGAGCUGGUGACAGGAUACGUAUAAUUUGGUGCAUAUAGCUGUUUAUUAUAUAUAGGUUAUUAUAGAUUGGCACAGUGGCUAAGAGCACACAUUGCUUCUCAUUUAUAUCAUACGUUUGAUGUACAGCAUCCUUUGUAAAUAUAUUUUUCCCUCCAGAUUUCUGUGUGAUUCUGUUAAUAGUGGAAGCGCCCGCUAGUGACUGUGACGGCAACGGUUAUGCAUGUCAUUCCUCUGACUUUUUAUUUUUGAAUGUAAACCAGCUAAACUGUUUGCACAAAAUUGGUGUCUUUUAGGUAAAUGAAAAAAAAAAUCUUCUGUAUAGUUAGAACUGAGAUUGUAGCUUUAAAGAUACAGUUUUAUAUAAUUUAAAAUACUUGCCUGAAGAUAUUUUCUGUUUUAUAAUUGGUUUAACCCUCUGGUGCUGAAAAAGUUACGUUUUGACUCAACUGGGAUGGAAAGAAGCAUGAUGAUGUUUGAGGAGCUUGCUCUCUGAGCACAAUUGUGGAUAUAAUAUAAAAUGCUAAAUGGUUGUAGUGGUCACACUUGUACGGUUCAUGAUCAUAAAUGACUGUCAUAAGAAAUGAAUCAUGCACGAUGAAGAAAAACACACAGUGGGCUUACAAACGUGGUUCAACUAAAAUAUCAACAGUGCAAAAUAGCCACACACACACAGCAAAUAUUUGAAAUAAAGAUUGCACAAAUCACAACAUAUUUUGGCGACAGAUACCCAAAAGUGAGCUAAAUCCCCCAAAACCUUCUUUUGGUCACGUCCUAAUUUGUAAUAACUGGACAUCUUUGUGUCUAUUUUACACCCUUGAUGUUUUAGAGUUUCACCCAUUCAAGCUGUGUGCCUUUUUCUAGCAUUGUGGCAGAAUUAUUGAUUUAACUUCACAAGUUUGCUAUUUGUAACAGUCACACCAGAAUUGAAUUGAAACAUUUUGCUGCUGUUGCUGUUUUUCCUCAUUGUGACUGAUUUGUAGAUUGUGCAUAAAAUACGUAAAAUGUAAAUGUUUCUGGUUGCUAUCAACCAAAGACUGCAUUGUUUCCUGAAGCCAGCAGAUGGCGCUGUAAGCUUGGGCCCGCUAUCGCUGCUCGCAGGUAUGGCUAGAGACCAGACACUGACAGUGUGCUUUAUGUUCAGCUGAAGAGGCUGAUCACAUGGAUGUGACGCCUGUUUGUGCCACUUACAGCAUUCUUUGAAAUCAUCCUCUUAUAUUUCCCCAAAUUGCUUCAGCCUUGGUCUGAAUAAUGACAAGACUAAUGUAAAACUGCAAUAGCAAGAGUUGUUGGUUAGACAAAGGCAAAGCUUAGGAAAUGCUCUGCCCCUAUUUCACUAAAGUGGCAGGAUAACCACAAAUGGUAAAUAUAUUGUUCUCAUCAAGCCAAACAGCUUUAAACAUCACAGUCAUUAGCUCUGGCCAACAGGGACUUGGCUUCAGACUGAUUGUAUUAUUAUUCCAGGACUUUGAAGGUGCUAUAUAUUAAAAUAAUUUCGCCACGGCAAAGAAAAGGAGGACAUGAAGUGUUUCACAUCUUCUAAGUGCAUUGUCUAAUUAAGAUUAAAUUUGUGUUGUCAUUUUGGUCAAACUUUCAGAGAAGAAUUGUAAACUGCUACCAUUUUAAGUAGCCUAUGUCACUUUUAUGCUGAUAUUUAGUGUAUAUACAACAGCAGUCACAGUGUAGUCUAAUGCCGAAAGCAUGUCUUCAUGUAAAAUAAACCAUACGUCUUCAUGCUCGAAUCUACUGUAAAUGUACAUUUUAAAUGUAAAAGUGCUGUGAAUUGGGUGGAACAUAUGCCAUCCUUCUUCCUAAAUCUGUAAAUUGUUGUUGUUGUAUAGUCAUAUUGAAUGGAUUCUAUAAAAAACUGUAUAGAGUCCA